AUGGAUGAAUCUUCAUCAUCAUCCAGUCUUGUUUCAAUUAAUCCACCAUCAACAGUACCUUAUAUUAAAUGUAAUUUUUUAGAUAAAGAUACAGACCUUAAUGAAAAACCUGUAUGGAACAACGAAAUAGCUUUAUUACUUUCAUAUUGGCUUCAGCAAAGAGCCAAUCAUGAUGAUAUUUUUGGAAGUUUUCGUUCAGCAAAUGCACAUACGGAUAGUUUGGGUGAAGUUGAUGUUAUAUCAGAUGCUGAGCACAUUAAAAAAUUACUUAAAGUUCCAUUUAAUAAACAUAGUCAAAUAUCAAUGAUAGUACAUCGUUUAGGACGAACAAUACUUCUCGAUGAAUUUGAUGUUCAUUCACAUUUAUUACGUCUUGAAAAAAAUGAAUGGACAUGGUUUCGAGAUUUUUUUCUCGACACAAUUUUACGCAAUAUUUCCGUUAAACAUUUUUAUAAAAAAAAUAAAACACGUGAUGAACUUAUACGAAAAGAUCGUUUAGUUAAAUUCUUAUGUCAAAGUGUUGAAUUACCUCAAUUAACACGUUCCACAUCUAAUAAUGAUGAAUCUCAAUCAACAGAAACAACAACAACUACAACAACAAAUGAAUCAACAACGACUACUGCUGCAGCACUUCUUCAACAAAUAAGAGAUCUUGUUAAUGCAAAUAAUAAUCUUGAUGAUGAUAGUGAUGAAAAUAAAAAUGCGGAUUGUACUUCAUCACCAUUUCAACGAACUGUUAAUUGGACAUUUGAAAAUAUGAAAAUGUUAAUUGGUUCAGAUUUACCUAUUUUUGGUGAUGAACAACAUCCAGCUGUUAGUCUUCGUUUAAGAGAUAUGAAUAAACCAAUAAAUGUUUUAACCGGUAUUGAUUGUUGGCUUGAUAAUUUAAUGUGUAAUGUUCCUGAAUUAGCAAUGUGUUAUCAUGUUGAUGGUAUUGUUCAAUCAUAUGAAAUAAUUAAAACAGAAGAUAUACCUUAUCGUGAAGGAUGUCAAUUUCCACCAAGUGUUAUUCGUGAUUUAGCUACGAAUCUUCUUUCAUUUCUUAAAGCAAAUGCAACAAAAGAAGGACAUACAUAUUGGUUAUUUAAAGGUCCGGAUGAUGAUAUUGUUAAAUUAUAUGAUUUAACAAGUUUAUGUGAAACAGAUGGUGAUGAUAAUCCAUAUACAUUACCAGUUGCUACAUUACUUUAUAAAAUGGCACAUAAUUUAGUAUUAAAUUCUGAUUAUGAAACACGUUUAAAAGAAUCUGGUACAAUACGUACAUUACUUAAACAUUGUUUAGAUAUGCUUGAUCCAGAAAAAUGUCCUGAAUAUUAUUGUGCUGCUGCAUAUAUGAUGUCGGAUUUAUUUAUUGAUGAUAAUAUUAGUGAACGAAAUUGGACAUAUGAUGAAAAUGAUAUAUCGGAUUCAGAAUUAUUUAAAGAUACUUUGUCAUUUGAAAAAGAAAAAGAAUCAGUUACAUUUGCUUGUGUUGAUAUUAAAACACUUGUACAAUCUCAACAACAUCGUUUUCAUAAAAAUCCUGAUGUACCACGUCUUGGUCCUAUUCAUGGUAAUCUUGAUGGACGAGCUAGAGAAGCGUUGAAAUAUUUAGUUGCGAUCAAUGAACAGUAUAGAUGUUUAAUAUUCUCUUAG